AUGCAGUCGACGGCGAAGCUGAUCGACGGAAAGGCUAUCGCCCAGACCAUACGGAGCGAGGUCGCCGCAGGGGUGCAAUUCCUCCGCCGGAGCUCCGGGAAGGUGAGACCGCCGGCGACAGGAAAUCCCAGCCAUUUGCUUCUUCCCCGCAUCGCCGCCCUGAAAAUCGUUCCUUCUCUGCGGCGGCUUCGCAGGUGCCGGGGCUGGCGGUGGUGCUGGUGGGGGGAACGAAGGACGCGCAGAUGUACCUCGCCAUGAAGGCCGCCGCCUGUCGCGAAGCUGGCAUUCGCUUCUUCUCCGUUGACCUUCCCGGAGGCACGACGGAGACCGAGGUCCUCGACGGGUUGCAGCAGCUCAACUCCGAUCCCGACGUCCACGGUGACUUCUUCCUUCUCUCCACCAUUACACAGAGAUCCGAGGUUCUCCGAGUAGUUAUCUGGUUUAGCCUCCAUUCAUCCACAUUAAUGUGAGCGAUCAUUCUAAGACAUAUAUAGAAACAAGCCCGAUCACUGCGUCCCAUUCAUUAUUAAUGAAAAAGAAGUGGGCAUUAAUUAGUUUCGAGGAAUCUUGAAUCGACCUUCUUCUACUUACGCACUCGAGCUACUAAAGACUUUGACUUGCUCACAUCGUGUGAGGAGGGGUCGGAUCAUCGGAGAAAUCGCUGUGUUUGAUCGAUAAUAGAAGACAAGGAAGAGGAGAGGAAAUGAGAUGGAAGAUGAUGAUGAUCGAGGAUGGAGGGUGGAGGUAGGAAGAGGAAGAAGAGGAGGAAGGAGGAGGAGAGAGGAGGAGGGAGGAGAUCGAUCUGCUUGGAAUCUGACCGUCUUGUGGUUCAUAUAAUGGCAGGGGUACAGAUACAGCUCCCGUUACCGAAGCACAUCAGCGAGGAGAAGAUCCUGAGCGCGAUCAGGGUCGACAAAGACGUCGAUGGCUUGCACCCCCUCAACAUCGGCAAGCUCGCCAUGAAAGGCUGCGCCCCUCUCUUCCUCCCCUGCACUCCCAAGGUACAUCUCUCUCUCUCUCUAUCUAUUUAUCUAUGUAUAUAUACCUAUAUAUCUAUAUAUAUAUAUAUAUAUAUAUAUAUAUAUAUACCUUUCUAUCUGUCUAUCUCUACUUAUCUAUCUCUCUCUCUCUCUCUUUCUCAGGGAUGCUUGGAGCUUCUGAUGAGGAGCGGAGUGAAAGUGAGGGGGAAGAGAGCGGUGGUGGUGGGCCGAAGCAACGUCGUCGGGUUGCCGGUCUCUCUCCUCCUCCUCAAGGAAAACGCCAGCGUGACCGUCCUUCACUCCCACUGUAGCGCCUACGAGAGCAUCAUCCGUGAAGCCGACAUCGUCAUCGCCGCCGCCGGGCAGCCCAUGAUGGUGGGGGGAUCCCAGUUUCUCUCUCUAGAAACCAUAAAAAUGCCCCCCAUUGAUGAUAGUCAACGGUUUGGUUCAUUUGACUUUGGCAGAUCAAGGGAGAGUGGAUCAAGUCCGGAGCCGCCGUGAUCGACGUGGGGAGGACCGCCGUCGACGAUCCGACCAAGAAGGCGGGGUACAGGCUGGUGGGAGACGUUGACUUUCAGGAGGCGGCUAAGGUCGCCGGAUGGUUGACUCCGGUCCCCGGAGGAGUGGGGCCCAUGUUCGUCGCCUUCUUGCUCAAGAACACCUUGGAAGCAGCAAAGCGCCAGAUCGAGCAGGGAAAAAAAUAA